UCAUUUUCUGCCCCAGCAGUGAGCCCAGGAAGGAGCCCAUCCGAUGCGCAUCUUUCUGGCGGCUGCUAGGUUUCCGCGCACAGUCAGCACGAUUUGGUUCCGCCUGGGCGAGUGAAAAUAAUUGCAGAUUGCAGGUCGGGGGUUGUGUGUGGAGCCCUGGCCUGAGGGCUGCCGCCUCGCCCGCGGGUCAGCUGCCUUUCCAGAAAGGGUGCGGAUCUGAGCCCGGGGUGGGGGUGGGGGGCUAUCGGAAGCUCGUUUCUAGGAGGAAAAGUGGAUUAUUCGGAUGCUCCUUUUCUUCACCAAAUAUAACUUAAAGCGGAGACAAGGGCCUGGAAACGCUGUAGGUCAGAGUUGGGGAUAGCAAACGUGGACAUCCGUUUCCUGUAUUGAUUAGAAGAUUACUGAAAACGGGCUUGGAGGAGCCUUUGAAUGGCUCCCGUUAGGGUCGGCAAGCGCUGAGCUGGCAGUGUCUUGCUAUUGGAUUCCAGUCGGUGGCCCGGGCUCCCUGCCGCCCGGCGCGGAGAGCCGUCUGCGUUAACUAGUUUUCCUUGAAAUGAAGAGGAAAUAAUCAUGUGUCGUUAAAAAUGAAAUCAUGCACCAGGACAUCACCCCGCUCUGUGCUGCCGACAUCCAGGACCAGCUGAAGAAGCGCUUUGCUUAUCUGUCUGGUGGCCGCGGGCAGGACGGCAGCCCCGUCAUCACCUUCCCGGACUACCCGGCCUUCAGCGACGUCCCCGACAGGGAGUUCCAGAAUGUCAUGACCUACCUCACCAGCAUCCCCAGCUUACAGGAUGCGGGCGUCGGGUUCAUCCUGGUCAUAGACCGAAGGCAGGACAAAUGGACGUCGGUGAAGGCGUCGGUCCUGCGAAUAGCAGCGUCCUUCCCGGCCAACCUCCAGCUCGUCCUUGUCCUGCGCCCAACGGGGUUUUUCCAAAGGACGCUCUCUGACCUCGCGUUCAAAUUCAACAGAGAUGACUUUAAGAUGAAGGUGCCGGUCAUAAUGCUGAGCUCAGUACCAGAGUUACACAGUUACAUCGACAAGUCCCAGCUGACUGAGGACCUGGGCGGGACCCUGGAUUACUGCCACACGAGGUGGCUGUGUCACCGCACGGCGAUCGAAGGCUUCGCCCUCAUGGUCAAGCAGACGGCCCAGAUGCUGCAGGCCUUCGGGACCGAGCUGGCCGAGACGGAGCUGCCCAACGACGUCCAGUCCACGAGCUCCGUGCUCUGCGCUCACACGGAGAAGAAGGACAAAGCGAAGGAGGACAUGAGGUUGGCCCUGGACAAGGGACAGAGCAUCCUGGAAACCAUCAGGGAACCUCUGGCCAAGAGCGGGGAGCACAGCCUGAACCAGGACCAGCUGGACAAUCAGAGCACAGUGCAGAGGCUGCUGGCCCAGCUGCAGGAGACCGAGGCCGCCUUCGACGCGUUCUGGGCGAAGCACCAGCAGAAACUCCAGCAGUGUCUGCAGCUCCGGCACUUCGAGCAGGACUUCCGGGAGGUCAAAGCCUCCUUAGACGCGCUGGCCCAGAAGAUAGCGGCCUUCACGGACGUGGGCAACAGCCUGGCCCACGCGGAGCACCUCCUGAAGGACCUCGCCAGCUUCGAGGAGAAGUCCGGCGCGGCUGUGGAGCGGGCACGCACGCUGGCCGGGGAGGGCGGGCGGCUCAUCGACAGCAAGCACUACGCCGUGGACUCCAUCCGCCCCAAGUGCCUGGAGCUCCAGCACCUGUGCGACCAGUUCGCCGCCGAGGUCGGGAGGAGGAGGGGGCUGCUCAGCAAGUCCCUGGAGCUGCACGGCCUCCUGGAGGCGUCGCUGAAGUGGUGUGACGAGGGGGUCUACCUGCUGGCCUCGCAGCCUGUGGACAAGUGCCAGUCCCAGGAAGGUGCCGAGGCAGCCCUCCAGGAGAUCGAGAAGUUUCUAGAGACUGGCGCGGAAAACAAGAUCCAGGAGCUUGACAGGAUCUACCAGGACUACGAAUCCAUCCUCACCGCAGACCUGAUGGAGCACGUGCAGAAGGUCUUCCAGAAGCAGGAGGGCAUGGAGGAGAUGUUCCACCGGAGACAGGCCAGCCUGAAGAAGCUGGCGGCCAAGCAGAUGCGGCCUGUGCAACCGGUGGCCCCCCGGCCGGAGGCACUCUCGAAGUCACCCUGCCCCUCCCCAGGUGGCCGGAGAGCCUCUGAGAACACGUUUGAGGGCGGCGUGCUCCGGAGAGGGCCCUACAGGAGGGCCAAGAGUGAAAUGAGCGAGAGCCGGCAGGGCCGGGGCAGCUCCACGGGGGACGAGGAGGAGAACCUGGCCGUCUUGCGGAGGCAUGUGAUGAAUGAGCUCUUGGACACGGAACGGGUAUAUGUGGAGGAGCUGCUCUGUGUCCUGGAGGGCUACGCAGCCGAGCUGGACAGCCCACUGAUGGCGCACCUCGUCUCACCCGGCCUCCAGACCAAGAAGGACGUCCUGUUUGGAAACAUGGAAGAGAUUUACCACUUCCACAACAGAAUAUUCCUGAGGGAGCUGGAAAACUACAUUGACUGCCCAGAGCUGGUUGGAAGGUGUUUUCUGGAAAGGAUGGCCGAGUUCCAGAUCUACGAGAGAUACUGUCAGAACAAGCCUCGCUCCGAGAGCCUGUGGAGACAGUGCUCCGACUGCCCGUUCUUCCAGGAAUGCCAGAGGAAGCUGGACCACAAGCUGAGCCUCGACUCCUACCUGCUGAAGCCGGUGCAGAGGAUCACCAAGUACCAGCUGCUGCUCAAGGAGAUGCUGAAAUACAGCAAGAGCUGCGAGGGGGCCGAGGACCUGCAGGAGGCGCUGGGCUCCAUCCUGGGCAUCCUCAAGGCCGUGAACGACUCCAUGCACCUGAUCGCCGUCACCGGCUAUGACGGGAACCUGAGUGACCUGGGGAAGCUGCUGAUGCAGGGCUCCUUCAGCGUCUGGACGGACCACAAGAGGGGCCACGCCAAGGUGAAGGACCUGGCCCGGUUCAAGCCCAUGCAGCGGCACCUCUUCCUGCACGAGAAGGCCGUGCUCUUCUGCAAGAAGAGGGAGGAGAACGGGGAGGGGUACGAGAAGGCGCCUUCCUACAGCUACAAGCAGUCCCUGAACAUGGCGGCUGUGGGCAUAACCGAGAACGUGAAGGGCGACGGGAGGAAGUUCGAGAUCUGGUACAACGCCCGGGAGGAGGUGUACAUCGUACAGGCGCCGACCCCGGAGGUCAAAGCCGCGUGGGUGAGCGAGAUCCGCAAGGUGCUGACCGGCCAGCUGCAGGCCUGCAGAGAAGCCAGCCAGCACCGAGUCCUGGAGCAGUCCCAGAGCCUGCCCCUGCCGGCGCCGCCCAGCUCCAGUCCCUCGAAAGGGAGCACGAGCAACAUCAGAAAGUUGGAAGGAAGAAAAACUGACCCCCUGAGCCUGGAAGGACGUGUGAGCGCCGCGCCGACGCCCAGGCCGCCGGACGAGGGCAGAGAUGACACGGUCACUAGCUCUGCCUCAGAGGGCUCCGCACUUUCCAAAAAGCGCUUUACUCUGCAGGGCUUUGCUACUCUCAAAGGUCAGAAAGCUUCUCCUACCAGUCCUGACAAAAAAGCUAAGCGACACGAAGUAAAGAGCGAUCCAACGCCUUUUGGUUUACGAGGUUGGAGCAAAACGUCUCAGCCCUCGGAGGCCCCUGAGGACGACGGCUGGUCGAGUGCGGAGGAGCUGGUCAAUUCCUCGGACGCGGAGGAGGAGGGCAGAGUGGGCCCCAGGAAGCUGGCUCCAGGAAAGUACACGGUUGUGCUGGGCGAGGAGAAGGAAAGCCCCGAAGCGCUCGCCGUGAGAAGCGGAGACGUGGUGGAGGUGGUCCAGGAGGGGGACGAGGGCCUUUGGUACGUCAGGAACCUGACCUCCAGCAAGGAGAGCUGGGUGCCUGCCAGCAGCCUGUCCGCGCUCCUCUGCACGUCCAGCUCGGCUCAGUGCCUGAGCAGCUCAGAGUCCAGUGCAGGGUCCGCCCUGCUGAGCGCCUCGUCCAGCUGCAGUGAGAGCUGCGGGGCCCCCCUCUCAGACCUGCAGGGGUAGCGCCGGGCCGCGCAGGACGGCAGCCUGCGGACCUCUAAGUGUUCCUUUGCUUGGGCUUGCUCAGUUUGGUGAGGGACGGUGGUGCUCUAAGGCCCUGGGAAAGGACGACCCUGGCAAGACCCAGACGAGGAGCCGCCGCUGCCCACUCGACUUCGCAGUGCAGACACAGGGGCACGCAAAGGAAAGUUCUGGAAGAUUCUGCCCUCCGGCCUUCGCGCCAGGACCCCCUGACAAAGGCACAGAAGUCCGCUCCAUGGGAAGACGGCGGCGCUCUGAGCUUCCCCGGAGAACCGCGAGGAUGGAGGGCUGCAGACCAGCGGAGCCCGCGGGCGGCAGGUGCCUAGGCCAGGGAGCCCGGCGCGGCCGCUUGGCUUUGGUUCCAGCCGUGUCCGGCUGGUGCUCCUUGUACGGAUUGCACGUGGUGGGAAGGACAGCUUCCCGACGAAGUGAUGACCCACUGACCCAACAGCUUGGUGGGGGAACUGUUUGGAUUUUUACAAGUUUUUUUUUUAAGCAGGGAUUGAUUCCAUGGCCAUUUUUUGUGGUACUUUGGCCACUAAUCUUUACCAAGAAUCACUGUGUUUACAUGAAAUGACAAUUUGAUACUGUAUUUGAUACAAAACUAUUUUCUGUUACUGGGGUUUACACUGUAACGCGUUGUUUAUACUGCUGGGUGAUUUGGGGGCUCUCUUGGGGACCGAAGCCCUCUCCAAGGCCGGCCCAGUCACUGGCAGAUGAACACGCAUCCCUCCACAAAAUCCAGCAGGAGUCGAAGAAACCAAGGAGAGCCCUUUAUCUGUGUAAGUUAAUUUUCAAAAGAAAAUUUAAACUAUAAUUUAAAAUACUUAGCUUCUUUUCUACAAGAAUGGGGAACUUGAUUUUUUAAACUAGCUUCACUGAACUGGGAUUUUUAUUGUUUUUAAAGACGGCAUAAAGAUGCAGUUUCCACAGGGCACCCCCUGAGGUGGUGCCCACACGGGGCUCAGUGAAAGCGCCCCUGAACUCAGAAAUGGAAAGGCUGCGGAGCUCAUCACUGAAAUCGAGGCGGAGCUGGAAAGAAAACUCUUCUGGUUUACCUGUGUCUCAGAAACAAAUUCUGUUCUCGGGAAAAUCUUUGUGUAUCUUGUGGGGGCGGGUCUCUUUCUACGCGUGCUUACGUGGAUGUAUGUGCAUAGGUGUCCCAUGUUAGGGGCCCGCGGCGGCCUCCGCUCACUUUACAGCACCCGCUGAGUCCCACGCCCGCCGCCCCAGCCGCGGGGACUCGGCAGCUCUCCCGGCGUCUCUGGAGUUAGUCCGUGCGUCGAUUGUCCGAGAUGCCCAGCCUCUCGCCGGCGCUCCUCCCCCUGUGAUCUCUUCCUCAUAAAGGCACUUUAAAACCUCGUG